AUGGCGGGUGGCUCUGCAAUCAAUGUUUUCAAAUUCAACACGGGAGGUCUUCCUAAGGAGACCCUCAACGCAAAGCUAUGGUUUGCUGUGUUUGCCUUUGGUCUGAUGGGUGCUGCCCGAGGUGUUGAUGAGGGUCUCAUCACGGGUGUCUUCAACUCUCAUGCUUUCAAACAGUCUAUCGGGAUUGACGAUCUGGAGGCAAGCGAGCUUGCUAGUAUCAAGGGUACUAUUUCCUCAAUGGUCCAGCUGGGCAGCGUCGCUGGUGCUUUAUUCGCUUUCGUCAUGUGUGACCGGAUUGGCCGUGUCUGGGCCACACGCCAACUAUGCGUCUUUUGGAUCCUCGGUAUUGCCAUAUUCAUUGGAAACAAUGGUAAAAUCGGGGCAAUGUAUGCUGGUCGAUUCAUUGCCGGUAUCGGUAUCGGCCAGACUUGUGUUGUCGGUCCUAUCUAUCUUUCGGAAAUCUCACCAGCUCCUAUUCGAGGUCUCUGUACUUGCAUGUUUACUGGCGCGGUCUACCUCGGCAUCAUGAUUGCUUAUUUUGCCAACUGGGGCGCUCAAAUUCACAUGGCUGAUACCUUCAAUCGAUGGGUAGGUGCCGGUCACAAUCCCCAUCACGGCCGUCUGGCUGAUACAUUCUCUUCACAGGCUGUACCCACGUCCCUUCAUCUUAUGUUCGCCGGUAUUAUCAUGAUCCUUACACUAUUCCAAGUGGAGUCACCUCGAUUUUAUAUCAAACAAGGCAAGCGGGAGCAAGCGCUCGAGUCCCUUUGCAAGCUCCGUGGCUUACCUGCUACCCAUCCAUAUGUUCUUGACGAAAUUACCGAGAUGGACGUGGCCUUCCAGGAGGAGAUGGAAGCAACCAGUGGCAUGGGCUGGAAGGGUAUGUUCAAAGAGAUACUUGGUAUAAGGCGCAAUUCUUAUCGUCUUUUCUUGACCAACCUGGCCCAAAACAUGGCCUGCUGGUCGGGGGGCUCUGCUAUCACGGUAUACGCUCCGGAUCUUUUCACGCUGGUCGGCAUUACUGGCCAAGAGCAGUCUCUAUUCUCGACUGUCGUUUUUGGUGUGGUCAAAUUUGUUGCCGCUAUUAUUUGUGCUCUCUUCCUGGUCGAUAUGGCGGGUCGAAAACGAUCCCUUAUCAUUGGUAUCGUUCUCCAGACCAUUGCCAUGUUCUACAUCGCUAUCUUCCUUAACCUGGUUCCCAUUGCCAACAACCCUGAGUUUGUUCCCAAUGAGACACAAAACCGCGCAUCCACUGCCGCCAUUGCCUUUAUCUACAUCUCAGGUGUCGGUUGGGCUUUAGGGUGGAACAGCGGCCAAUAUCUGUUGUCCUCUGAGCUCUUUCCACUUCGCAUUCGCGGGGUUUGCUCUUCUAUCACCAUGGCCAUGCAUUUCAUCUGUCAGUACGCUGUCAACCGGGCUUUACCUGAAAUGCUGCUUGAGAAUGGGGGUCUUGGCCCCGACGGCACAUUUUACUUCUUUGGGGUCAUUUCCAUUCUCGGUGGUGUUUGGGUUUGGCUCUUCGUGCCCGAGGCCGCCGGUCGCAGCCUUGAGACUAUUGAUAAGAUGUUUGACCUUCCUUGGUACAAGAUCGGCCUAUUCGGUCGGAAAUUCGCAGAAGAUUAUGAUCGUGAGCAGGAGCAGAUUUACCGCAACGAGAAGAAAGAUGGUGGAAUCGUGGUCUCGCACAAUGAGACAGCAUAG